AGCAUAGGAAGUCGACCGAAACGCAAAAUCUUCCCAUGGCAACUGAUCCAGGUGACCCGAACAAUGAUCCUUUGAAUGGAACCGAGACUGGGCAAAUCUUUAGGAUGUGUACGCACGCCCCCAAAUGUUGAUGCACCUGAUAUCGCACCGGACUUCACUCAAAUUGUGUUUAUCUUUCGUCUCAGGAACAAAGAGCUCCCGUCAGGAAGCUUAGUGGCACCGCGAAAGAUGCUACCGACGAUCCCGCCGAUUAUCACAACCACCAUCCGUGGCACCUAAUCUCACGCUUUAUCAUCCCGUCGUCGUUAUAAAUGAUAUCUCGUUAAAGUGGACUCCCAUCUGUUGCCGGGGUAUCAGUCGGGAGAAAGAACUUCUCCUGAAGUGAAGUGACCAAUUUCGCGGACACUUCACAACGCCACAUAGAGAGAGGUCCACCUUCCUUUCGCGAGCAGACGUGAUUAUCCAGUCUAAAAAUAAUCACCGCCAAAUCAAAUCACUUAAGUUAUUGUAGAGCGGAGUCGCGUGCGUAGUUUCGUCAGUUGAGAAGAUGUUCUAAGCCGAACGCAACGUGUGUGUGCAGCGUGCAGCCGGUUGAUAGUUUUCGACGGCGGUGCAUUUGCGGUGCUAUUAGUAGGUCAUAUGCGUGGCAUUUCCGAGAGGUGUCGAGUUCCGUGUUGAGAAAAAGAGGUUCCAAAUCAGUGCAAAAUGACUAUGGAAAGUCCACCGGAGGAAGUGGCGCAAGCCAGACUGUGGUUCAACACGAUCGAUUAUGUGAUAUUUUUCGCGAUGAUGGGAUUGUCGGCACUGAUCGGGUUGUACUACGGAUUUUUCGCCAAGCAGAAGCAGAACAACACGGCCGAGUAUUUGCUCGGAAGUAAGCAGAUGAAAGUGUUCCCGGUGGCAAUGUCACUGACAGCAACCCAUGUCUCGGCCGUCACAAUGCUCGGUGUCCCGGCGGAGAUGUACCGCUACGGUAUCCAGUACUGGGCCUGCUCCAUCUCCGGUCUAAUCGUCACCAUAUUCAUGGUGUACGUUUUUCUGCCGGUGUUCUACGAACUGCAAACAUCGUCCUGCUACGCUUACCUGGAGCAACGGUUUAGCAAACGGGUCCGCUCGUUGGCCAGCUUUCUGUUCAUGUUGUACUGUUUGCUCAACACACCGGUGAUUAUAUACACCCCGGCGAUAGCGUUCAGUCAAGUGACCGGAAUCAAUUUGCACAUCAUCACGCCAGUCAUAUGCUGUAUUUGCAUUUUCUACACCACUUUCGGAGGAAUACGUGCCGUGAUAUGGACAGAUACACUUCAGUUUGGAGCUAUGAUUUUGGCACUCUGCGUUGUGAUGACACUCGGAACACUGCAACUGGGGGGCUUCAUAAAUAUUUUCACAAUCGCUGAAGAAGGGGGACGUUUAAUUUGGUUCAAUAUGGAUCCAGAUCCCAGUCUAAGAUCAUCGUUCUGGUUGGUAUCAGUGGGGCUCACUUCGAUGUGGGUUUCCAACAUUGGAGUAACCCCCGAGUGUGUUCAGCGAUUCCUGACCGUACCUGAUCUUUCAAGUGCCAAAAAAGCUGUAUGGAUAUUCGGUAUCGGGCAUAUUCUCGUAAAGGUGGGCUCCGUUUACAACGGAUUGCUGAUAUUCAGCAAAUAUCAUGACUGUGAUCCCGUCCAUUCCGGCUUGGUUAAGAAAAAUGAUCAAAUAUUCGCCUACUAUGUUCUGGACGUAGCCCAAAAGAUCCCCGGUCUACCGGGGUUGUUUGUGGUGGGAAUUUUCUCCGCAGCCCUGUCUACGAUGUCCACCAGUAUGAACACCCUUUCCGGUACGAUCUACGAUGAUUUUGUCAAGCCGCAUUUCAAGUUCAAGGAAUCCACCGCGAGUAAUGUCAUCAAGGCUAUGGUCGUCUUCAUAGGAGCCCUCUGCUUAGUUUUGGUAUUUGUGGUGGAGAAAUUAGGUAGUGUGUUUAGCUUGGCGAUUUCUGUAUCUGGAGUUACUUCGGGUACGCUUCUGGGAAUAUUUUUCUUGGGAAUGUUUUCUCCGAAAAUAAAUGCAAAGGGAGCAUUCUGGGGAGCAAUCAUCUCACUAGUCUCGAUGUGUGUGAUUGCUGCUGGAGCUCAAAUGGAAAUCUUCAAUGGCAAUCUCAAAUAUCAGAGUCUACCGCUGCAUUACGAUGGUUGUCCUGGAUUCAAUUCUACUGGAUCGGAAACCACCUCCUUCUACGUCGACGCCGAUGGACAUGACAAUUCCGAAGUUCCAUGGGUAUUCCGGCUGGGCUUCAUGUACUAUUCUCUGCUGGGCACAAUCAUAGCCGUUGUUGCUGGUGCAGUUAUCAGCUACCUCACGGGAGGCCAGAAACAACCCGUUUCGGAACAGUUGCUAACCCCUUGGGUACGCCCAUUGUAUCGGAAAGUACGUUGCGUGGAUGAUUACGAAUGUAGACUGACAAAAAAUCAACUUUACGCCAUUAAGGAAGUGCAAAAAAUGUGUAAAUAGACAGUGCUGCGAUUUGUGAUUCUUUAUUGUGUAAAUAGUUCUAAAAAUAUUUCAUGUUAUUAUUAAAGCCAAUGUUACCGUU